AUGGUCUCCACCGACCGUUCCAAGCUUGUGGCUGUGGCCAGCCUGGUCCCAGCCGUGCUGUUGGGCUUGCUGCUCUUCUGGCAGUGGCGCAGCACCGCCUGCACCUUCGUGGAGGCAGCCCCAGGGCUGCGGCUGUGCCACCAGCACCUGCUGGGCUACCAGCCGGAGACCGCGCUGAUCAGAGUGCAGAGCCGGGAGGGGGUGUGGCCCUGGCGCCGGGCGGUGGACCACUGGGUGCUGGUGGACGCAGGCGUCAGAGACUCCCUCCUGUUUGGCAGCCAUGCCAGCAGCCUGCUCAAGGCCGUGCGGCACGCGCUGCGGCCGGCGAGGCCCGGCGAGGCGCCUGGGCAGCUGGACCUCAUCCUGUUGACCCACGCCCACGCGAUCGGAGCGCUGCCCAAGCUGCUGCAGGCAUACCCAGAUGCCAAGGUGGCUGCCCACGCCGAGGAGCUUCCCUUCCUGGUUGGCCACCCGCCCCAGCCUCUUGUGGACAACAAGACCCAAGUGUUGCUGUCUGCCAGGGCCAUGAUCGCCGCAGGCCUGUUCCCUAUUGCGGAGCAGCAGCAGGGCGUGCCUGCAGAGCGCGCAGUGGCGCUGCAUGGCGAGGGCGGAGAUCUGGCAGACGCCGCCAAAGCUGCUGGGGCUGCCGCCAAGCGCGCGCUGCGCUGGCUGCCGCGAGGGGUGCUCAGUGGCACGCUGCUGGCGGGAGACGCCGUGGCGCCCACCAAGGGCUGGCUGGGCUGGGGCGACGGCCUCACCGUGUCUCCCUACGCCAGCACCACCCCCGCCGCGCUGCAGGCGGCGGCCAAGGCGCUGAUCAUGCAGGAGGGCCGCAGCUGGAGCUGGCUGCUGCCGCUGCACGGCGGCAACUUCAGCAGGCUGCGGGCGCAGGAGCUGGUGGGGUCCUGGCCCGACGAGGUGCCGCCCGUUGUGGAUGCCCCGCAGGCCGCGGCUGAUGCCGGGGCAGGCGGGCCGCCACCUCACGCCCAGGAGCGUGCCGCCUCACACGACACAGCCGCCGCGGGCCUGGGCCUGUCGCCGGGCAACGGCGGCGGCGGCGGCGGCAGCUUCAGCCUCGACACCGAUGGCGGCGGCGGUGGCGCCAGGGGGCCAGACCUGUGA